AUGGAAUUUAAAAGAACAGCGACUUCUAUUCCUCUUAAGGAUUAAGAAGGAAAAGCGAAAAUAGAUUUAGCUUAAUCGACUAAAAGUAUUGCCAAUACAUUUACUGAAGAUCAGUAUGAUGUUAUUAUUAUUGGUGGUGGUCCCAUUGGUUUAUCUGCUGCUCAUAAUUCUGCAAAAUUAGGCAAAAAAGUUAUAUUAUUGGAAAGAUAUAACUUUUUUAAUUAAAAUGGAAGCUCUAAUGACUUUGUAAGGCUGUUUAGGACAAUGUAUAAAGAAGAUUACCUGGCUGAUUUAGCAAAAGAGGCUCUUGAUCUUUGGAAGGAGCUCCAAAAAGAGUCAGGAGAAGAAUUGAUAUGGAUGACUGGAUUAUUAAAUUUUGGAGAUCCAACUUAUGAGGACGGACCUGAAGGUAACCUAAUGGAUCCAGUUAACAAUCUUAAGCGUUUAAAUAUGCCCUAUAGGGUCCUUACACCUGCUUAAAUAAUGGAAGAAUUUCCUUUUAAAGACUUACCAGAUAAUUUUGUGGGAAUUUGGGCUUAAGACAACGGCUGCAUAAAUGUUCCCAGCGUUCUGAGAACGCUUUAUCGUUUGGCUUUAGCUUAUGGAGCAAAAUUGGUGUAGCAUGCAUAGGUCAUUGAUAUGAAGGUUGGUGAAAAUUUGGUCGAAGUUAAAGUGGCUAAUGGAACUAGUUAUAAAGCAAAGAAAUGCAUUGUUACUGCUGGAGCGUACACAAAUAAUAUUCUGAGCUCCGUUGGUGUGGAGUUAAAUCUUAAAAUAUGGGAAAUGGUUUAUUCCUACUUUUCUACCAACCCAGGACCUAAAGGAACAUUUUUCCCAAGUGCAUGGUUCUAAUUUUAGGAUCCAACAGGGGGGGAUCCUGCUAAAUCUAAUUUACUUUAUGGGUUUCCUUCAUUACCAUGGAUGCCACCUAAUUUAGUUCGAAUUGCUGUAGACAAUGCUGUCAAUAUUAUUGAUGAUCCUAAAAAGAGAUUGAUUAUUCCUUCUGAUAAUGAUGUGCAAAUUGCUGCUGAUUAUAUAGAAAAGCAUUGCGUUGGCGUUGAUAAUGUCCCUAAUUUCAGUGGUAGCUGCUUAAUGACAAAUGCAAUUGAUAACAAUUUUAUUUUAGAUUCACUACCUUCAUCUGUGGGUCCUGGACAUAAAAAUGUAGUUAUUUUUACUGCAGGUUGGGCUUUCAAGUUUACCCCUUUGCUUGGAAAAAUUUUAACAGAAUUGACUUUUGAUGGGAAAACACCACACAAUAUUUCUAAUUUUAAAAUUACUCGACCUGGAGUACUAAAAACAGAUUUCGCAAAAUUAUGA